CUCGUUUGAGUCAGAUCGCAGUUUACAGCAAGAUCGCCGCUCAUGUCCCAAACGCCAGCAAAGCAAACACGCAGCACAUGAACAAAUCCGUGAUCCAGAAACCCUGUGCUCUUUGCAUAUCGCAAACCCCAGGUUGGGUCUGAUGAUAGACUAUGUAUCUCGUUGCGACGUGUAACCAGCAAAUCGUUGGACAGUGAGACAAAAAGCCAUGCCAAUUCUUGGAAAUGACCGAAGAUGCAAAUACAGAGAGAGUAUGCCCAGCGCCAAUGGAAUUGGACCCCUGUUCUUGUUGGCUGUGGCUCAGCGAGGCAGAGCGCCUGACAGGGCUCACUUCUCGCUGUUGUUUGGUCGUUGACUCGCUGGUAUUGCCGCUGAGAUGAGGGGCUUGUCGACGGAUCGCCUUCGUUAUUCGGGGCUCGUCUCGCUAUCGCUUUGAGAGGAAGUGUUUUGCGAUUCACGGGCUGUACCCUGUCUGCUGGCUGUGUAAUGCUAGGACUUGAGUUAUUCAUGAGGUUAUCGUUGAGUUGCCUAGUCACUAGUUCGUUCCGCUCUGUAAUUCACGGUCACCAGAAAUGUUGUAUAAACAGCCCGUGAAAUGCCCAUCUAAUGACGAUUUACUAUCAAUCUCGUACAUCGCAAUUCCUCCCAAGAACUCGUCUGACUGACUCUUGUCAGAGAAAUAUCAUCGUUGGCCUCACAUCAUCCUCCAAUUUCCCACUGGUCCGUUACAUCCGCCACAAACGCUGACCAAGGCUUGGGGACUACAAAAAUUACAUACAAAAUCGCCACUCGGAUCUCUCCAUUUUAUUUACCUACUGCAACUCAAAGCAGCAAGUAUAGCACAAGCGCCCUUGUAUCUGCGGACGAAGCGGAACCAUCCCCUCUGAACAAACUCGUCUCCUUGUGCCUUGACGUGUCGCACCUUGACCAAGACAGACAAGACUGGGGGUUGAUCCUGUGCUGAUCAGUCCUUUUUCUUCUCUCUCUCCUUGAAUUCUCGCUUUCUGCGCCCCUGAAUUUCUUGGAAUACCUCAUCGUACUUGACACUGAUUUCAGGAAUAUCUUUUCUUUCCCUAUUCAUCUAUAUCCUAUAUCCUAUCUAUAGUGGCCAUUUUUCUAUCUUCUUUCCUCUCAAAAACUUGUCUCACUUGGCGCUCCACUCAAAUCAAACCUACUUAAGCACUGGUCCCUAACGCUUCGCCUUGCGCUGAGCUGACCCCUCCGGACUCGACUACUACGCUACUCACCCUACCCUGCGAACUGAGCCACGCCCUCGAAUCCAUCGUUUGCUCCAGCCUUCAGCUUCAAAGUCCAGUCCAAUUCCUUUCAACAACCGCGCAUCUCUCCACAGGCUUCUUCACCGCCUCACCCCUCGACAUUUCUAUAACUCUCCUUCGCCAGUCGCUUCCGGACCUUGAUCGCUUCUUUUAUUCCAACAUUGAUUGCCCUUUUCCCUCUCUCUUCUUAUCAAGCAAGCACCUUUUACGGCUGUUACACCGAAGACCGGCGCGAGCCCACCGCCACACUCACAAUCCCACGAACUAUGAUGGGAUCAAAACAAAUGCCUGAUCGCAAAGAGCUUCGCGAUUACAACUACGCUGUCGCCGGCCAUGCCGGCACGCUUUGUACUCCCGAUGGCGAACUAUUCAUCAAGCCUUGCACACAGUCCGAGAUCGAUUUCUACCAGUCUGCCAAUCGAAGACAUCCCGAGUUCGCCGAUAUUAUGCCAUUGUUUAUGGGAUCCCUCUUGCUUACCGAUCCCACUGAGAAGACAAUAGACGAGGCUGUUGCAGGUGUUAUCUCCCAUGCCGGAGACCUCAAGACGUCAAAAGAAGAGAUUGUCGCUUCGGUUGCUGAACAGGUUGCUCAUGCUACAGCGACACAACAAAAAGAAGGCGGUGCUUGGGUGCCGGCCAAGGAUAACAAGAUCAAGACCGAUAAGGCGGUUGUGCUGGAUAAUGCUACCUUUGGUUUCAAGAACCCCAAUAUCCUCGAUGUCAAGUUGGGAGUAAGACUCUGGGCCGACGAUGCCCCUCAACAAAAAAAGCAGCGCUUCGACAAGAUCUCGGCUGAGACGACACACGGUAGCUUGGGAUUCCGGAUAGCGGGAAUGCGGGUCUACCGCGGGUCAGAAGAUGCUUCGGAACUGGACGAGGAAAACUACAAGAUCUACGAUAAGGAUUAUGGUCGAACAACAGUCACUCAAGAAAACGUCGUUGAUGAGUUCCGAAAAUUCAUCUUCAACAAAAACGCUGGCAUUGAUGAAGAUCUCGGCAAGGCCGUUUGCGCAGCCUUUGUCCGAGAUUUACAGAGAGUUGAGGAGAUUCUCUCACGUCAUGAAAGCCGAAUGUACUCGUCUUCACUACUUUUCAUCUUCGAGGGCGACGGCCAAGCUCUCCGAAGCGCUAUUGAAGAGAACAACGCACUCAUCGACGCAGAGGCAGGUAUCGGCCAAGCAGCUCGAACUACCAAGAGGGUUGAUAGCGGCAUCGCUCUGGACGACGAAGACGAGCUAGACGAAGACUCGGACCUCGAAGCCUCCCUGCCACAAAUAUACUCCCUAAAACUCAUUGACUUUGCCCACGCCGAAUGGACCCCCGGCCAAGGACCUGACGAGAACGCCUUGACGGGUGUGAGGAGUCUUUUACGCAUUUUCCAAGAGAUGGCGUAAAACUUUUUACGGAAAUGAAAAAGGGCAAAGACAUUUGGGCACCUUUUAUGAUCAUGACAAAAAACAACGCUUUCAAAUGGGGACGGAUACAAAGAAAGCAUUUUGCUUAGACGGAAAUGGAGAGGAGUCUCGAUACCCAUGUGCUAAAGGAUCGAAAGGGGAUCCAAUGAUCGAAUGUAGAAAAACAGCUGCGCUGCGCUGCGGCUCGGUGCAUGGCGUCCAUGAUGAUGACAAUUUAACUUUUACUUCCGCUUUGUUCUCACGUUGGGUGUUACUUUUUAUGCCUGACGUCUUGUUAGAUGUCUGGUCGUGGAUUUGGAGUUCAAGGGGCUGGAUUUAGUUGUACAAUAUAUAAGUAUAGAGGAUUAGGUCAUUAUAGGAGGUUAUAACACACACAACCUUUACUCUAUUCUAUUCACUCAUAUAUGUGAUACUCCCAAUGGAGAUGUAACGGUUAGAAGUAUUCACGUACACAAUGUUUUUACAGAACGAAGAAUGUUUGAACAGGUCUUCAUAAACCACCUUGUCCAGAAAAUUUCAUAUACCUCGUAGAACAGCCUAGAAACAAGCCUUCAAAGCUCAAGCCU